CCUGUGUGUCUGUUUGUUGUGAAGUGAGGCAGCAUCACACUAACAAAAAAAACACAAGAGGCAUAUCCUGGCAGCAAGCAUCAGUAUCAAUGCUACGUUCUUUCCGGUCCCGUCGGCGUCCACGUUACGGAGUACAUCUCUGCGCACUCAUUUCAGCUCUCCUCCUCCUCCUCUCCGUCUCUCUCCUCCACACUCGCCUCUCUUCUUCUUCCUCUCCCCACCACCGCCACCGCCUUCCUCACUCUCAAAACAAUAAUGCCGAUUCAACAACCACCACCCUCCUCUCCGACUCCGACGACGCCAAUAAUAACAACAGCAGCUCAACAGCUGACAAUAUUGACGAGCUCGACACUUUCCAAGAUCAAAACGACACCAUAUUUCCCGGCUUUAGAACCGAUGAAGAAGAUGAAACCCAACUCAUGAAAAAUCCAGUUUCUGCUUCUGGGUAUUAUGUGGAUCACAUUACUGGAUCAAUUCGUAGAGGUUUUAGUACUAAAAGAUCAAUUGACGAGUGGGAUUCUAAUGACUAUAAUUCAUUGGGUUUUGCAGAGGAUCUUGAGAAGAGUAGUGGUAGGGCUGCGUUUGGGAGUGAUGAUAUUCCUGUUGAUGAAGAUGUGAGGAGGAAAAUGAGUGAAGUUGAUGGGAUUGAAGAUGCAUUGUUGCUCAAAAUCGGGGGGAGUAGAAAGGUUUCGCCUCUACGACAAGGGUGGGGUGAUUGGUUUGAUAAGAAAGCUGAUUUCUUGAGGAGGGAUAGGAUGUUUAAGUCUAAUUUCGAGGUUUUGAAUCCCUUAAAUAAUCCUCUUUUGCAAGACCCUGAUGCUGUUGGGGUUACUGGAUUGACCAGAGGUGAUAAAGCAAUGCAGAAAUGGCUCUUCAAUGAGUUUAAGAAGCACCCGUUUAUUGCGAAGAAGCCUUCCAGGGAUUUAAGGAUGACCCGUGGGGAUGCCGCUAAGAUUGCCGAAAGACGGAUUUUUGAUGACAAAGUCAGUACUGAAUCAUAUGGUAAGAGAGGAAGUAAUGGUGAUGAAAAUGAGGGUGCAAAGAGUAAUGUAGCUCAAGAAUUGAAACAAGUGGGUGGUUUAGAAGAUGGGGAGGCUAAAGUUAAACAAAGGAAGCCUGAGGAGUUGAAUUAUAUAUAUGCGGAUGGAAAACGAUGGGGUUACUUUCCUCGUUUGCAUCCUCAUUUGUCGUUCUCGGAUUUUGUGGAUUCGUUUUUCAGGAAGGGGAAGUGUGAAUUGAGGGUAUUCAUGGUGUGGAACUCACCGCCUUGGAUGUAUACGGUUAGGCACCAGAGGGGGCUUGAGAGUCUGCUGUUUCACCAUAGAGAUGCUUGUGUUAUUGUUCUGUCUGAGACAAUUGAGCUGGAUUUUUUUGCAGGAAGCUUUGUGAAAGAUGGUUACAAAGUUGCUGUUGCCAUGCCCAAUCUUGAUGAAUUGCUAAAGGACACACCGGCCAGUGUAUUUGCUGAUGUUUGGUCAGAGUGGAGAAAAACUAAAUUUUACGCCACACACUAUAGCGAGCUUGUUCGGCUUGCUGCUAUCUACAAAUAUGGUGGCAUUUAUCUUGAUUCUGACAUAAUAGUUCUGAAUCCAUUAUCUUCACUUAAUAAUGCUGUUGGUCUGGAGGGCCAGACUGCUGGAGGUUCUUUGAAUGGGGCUGUGAUGGCAUUUAAAAAGAAUAGUCCAUUCUUAAUGGAAUGCUUGAAGGAGUUCUAUAUGACAUAUGAUGAUACCCGUUUGAGAUGGAACGGAGCUGAACUUUUGACAAGAGUUGCACACAAAUUCUUGAGUAAAAAGGAUAAAUCCUUGAGGCAGCUUGAAUUGAAUUUGCAACCUUCUUACAAAUUCUUCCCAAUUAGUUCACAGGAUAUUACAAGUUACUUCACCACACCGGCAACAGAGGAUGAAAAGGCUGAACAAGAUGCGUUGUUCAGUAAGAUUUUGAGCGAGUCGCUGACAUUACAUUUCUGGAGCAGCUCGACGUCCGCUCUCAUUCCAGAGCCAGGCAGCCUCGUGGCACGGCUUCUGAACCACCCAUGUAUCCACUGCUCUGAUAUAUUGUGAUUCUCCUGCAUUUUGUAUAAACUUCGUCAAGCGAGGGAAUCCAGAUUUAUGAAAUGCUACUGGCGAUCCCAAAGAUAUGCGGUGCAUAGUUUAGCUUUUAUAGAGAGGUUUAAGUUUAAUGGUCAAAUUAGGAAGAACAUAUCAUAUGUACAGUCUAAUCUUCUGCUGUCUAAUUUAUGGUGAAAGUCAAUUUUGUAAGCAAACUGUAAAACUUCUACAACUUGGUUCCUAAAGUGGCUGUAAAGGAUGAGUUCACUUUAUACAUGGUGGUUAAGAAAUAUACAAUUUUCUGAAUUAAUGAAUUUAGAAUUUCUAUAAA